GCGGGGCCGCGUUGCCCCGCCCCGCCGCGCCGCUAUAAAGGGACGCUGCAGCCUGCGCUAGCGCUCUUUGCUCCUGCGCGUCCGCGUCUCUUCCCGUGCAGCGCGAGCCGCGACCUGAGACGAUGGUGAAGGUCGGAGUGAACGGAUUUGGCCGCAUUGGCCGCCUGGUUACCAGGGCUGCUUUCAACUCUGGCAAGGUGGAUAUCGUGGCCAUCAAUGACCCGUUCAUUGACCUCAACUACAUGGUCUACAUGUUCCAGUAUGACUCCACCCACGGCAAGUUCCAGGGCACCGUGAAGGCUGAGAACGGGAAGCUAGUCAUCAACGGCAAGGCCAUCUCCAUCUUCCAGGAGCGAGAUCCCGCCAACAUCAAGUGGGGUGAUGCUGGCGCCGAGUACGUGGUGGAGUCCACUGGCGUGUUCACCACCAUGGAAAAGGCUGGGGCUCACCUGAAGGGUGGAGCCAAAAGGGUCAUCAUCUCUGCCCCAUCCGCGGAUGCCCCCAUGUUUGUGAUGGGUGUGAACCACGAGAAGUACGACAACUCCCUCAAGAUUGUCAGCAAUGCUAGCUGCACCACCAACUGCUUGGCACCCCUGGCCAAGGUCAUCCACGACAACUUCGGCAUCGUGGAGGGGCUCAUGACCACAGUCCACGCCAUCACCGCCACCCAGAAGACAGUGGACGGCCCCUCGGGGAAGCUGUGGCGCGACGGCCGUGGGGCUGCCCAGAACAUCAUCCCAGCGUCCACCGGUGCAGCCAAGGCCGUGGGCAAGGUCAUCCCGGAGCUGAACGGUAAGCUCACCGGUAUGGCCUUCCGCGUGCCCACGCCCAACGUGUCCGUGGUGGAUCUGACCUGCCGCCUGGAGAAAGCGGCCAAAUACGACGACAUCAAGAAGGUGGUGAAGCAGGCGUCAGAGGGCCCCCUGAAGGGCAUCCUGGGCUACACCGAGGACCAGGUUGUCUCCUGCGACUUCAACAGCAACACCCACUCUUCCACCUUUGAUGCAGGGGCUGGCAUCGCCCUCAAUGACCACUUUGUCAAGCUCAUUUCCUGGUACGACAAUGAGUUUGGCUAUAGCAACAGAGUGGUGGACCUCAUGGUCCACAUGGCCUCCAAGGAGUGAACACCCUAGCCACUGCCCCAGCCAGGUGGCAGGGAGAGGCCUCGCAGCGGAGCCCCUGCCCCACUCAGCCAGCCCCAGCACGCUGAGAAUCUCCCCACAGCUUCUAUCCCAGGCCUCAGAAGCCCCAGAGAGCCCGGCUCAUCACACCAUCAAUAAAGCCUGCUGCACCCAC